CCUUGCGACGAGUAGCGACGCGCGAUAAUCACAAACUGUCUUUACAACAUUUCUACACAUACAGUCGCUUGCGGCUGUUGAGUCAGCGGAAUGUGGCGUUUCGUCUUUGUGCUCCUGCUUCUUGGAGGUUGUGGUGCCCAUGGGGCCAGAUGGGAGAUUAUAAUUCAUACAUCUGACAAAGAAGGCGCGGGUACAGACUCCGAUAUCUAUAUUACUCUCCAUGGAUCUCGCGGAUCUUCCGCAGAAAUAAGUUUGGGCAAUGCUGACAAAAACUACUUUGAGAGAAAUCAGAUAGACAGAUUCUUUGUUACAACUGACGACAUUGGUGAUGUGUGCUCACUGACCAUUAGGUCUGCCGAUUUUGGUUCAGGGAAGAAUAAUGCAGAGGUUUUGGUGCGACUGCUUGUUAUCAGGGAAAACUGAAUAUCAGAAGGAAAUCUAUCCCGAUGUCCCAUGCUCCAGGCUGCAGUAAAAAGUAUAUCCUAGUUACCUAUCCGAGUAUAUCAGAAAUAUAUUAUGUUUACACUGUUUGUUGAAACGACAAAAUUUGUUGCUAUGUGUGUUUCAAACCCGGUAUAUUGUACAUCUUGUAGAAUAGUGUAGAACUCUAAACUAAUUUCUGCGUGAGUAAAAUAGAUAUCGGAGUCUGUUUCCGCGUCUUGUAUGUCCGAUGUACGAAUUAUAAUCUCCCAAUCGACACCUAGGGAAAUAAAACACACCAAAGAAUAUGCUAAAAGUCCAUCUUUCCGUAUCGUUUCAUUUACUGUUCAAGAGUAUAGCUUCAGACGUUCCACUCCUAACAAAGACAUUGUUUGCUCUAGAAAUAUAAAACACACCAACAAAUUCGUUGCAUGAAGUAUUUAUCUUUUUCUAGUCUUUUGUAUUUUUCUAAUCUUCUGUUUUAUUCUUAACAAAAAUAUUUCUGUCUGUGUACUGUAAGUGUUUUGUGUAUUCUCAAUGUACAUUACAAUCACUGUUACCUUGAACACCGAAACCUUGAAUGAAGCAGAGCAGAAAGACGAGAGGCCACAUCCUGUUGCUCCCACUCGAUGCCAGCGGCUCCACUUGUGGAAACUUUCUAAAGACAGUCUGUGAUAACGAAUAUAU